CAAGACAGAACAAUGGCCUCGACAAAAGGCCUUCCAGUCGAAAUCUUCCUACAAGUAUAUGGCUACCUGGGGCCAAAGGACUUCAACGCUGCUCGGUGCACAUGCCGAGCGUGGCUGAAGGCCAGUCUGGAUAAGAAUCUGCUCACGGUAAUGAUAGAAAGGGGUGGCUGGGCGGGCGUGGAUACCAGCAGAGAAUGGCAGUUGCUCAGCUGCCAACUUGCCAGAGAGUGUGCCUUGGCCCCAGGCCGGGCUGGGUUGGAAACAGAGCCAGUAUUCACCAAGAGCUCGGAGGUGGAUUUCGCCGGGCUGAGGGACAGCCAACCCGGUGGUGAACUAAUCUUCACCACCAGUAUCUGCUCGCGGUUCCUUUGCGUAGCCCAGGGAGCACUGAUCUAUAUUUACCAACUCGACGCUGGCCGUCUGGUAUAUAUGGCAAGUGUCGAAUGCCCAGGACAAGUACUUGCCAUCACCAUGGGCCUAUAUGGCGGCAGAUAUGCCAUUGCUGCAAUCCUGGAAGACCGGAUGGGCAUGGUACGAAAACUUCCAGAAGAGUUAUUUGAGCAUGGCCCACAGGGGCAGGAGCAGGAUCGUACGCAGUUCAACGCAAUUCAUAUCCAGUCGAACAGCGAAAGGAUAAGCAUCACGGGCACCAAUAACAGCGCCCUAUAUGAGCACAACUUGAUCAACCAGAUGUGGAAUUCGAUCGACAACGACUCGACAAUCUACAGCGAUCUGGGCUUUGAGGGAGAUCCACCACGAAGCGUUUCUCUAUGCCCCCAAAGCCAAUGUGUAGUUUUCGGCUGUUCAGCAGGCCUGGACGUACAAUGGAUCGACGAGCCGUCAGGCCAGAGCCUACAUCGCUGGUUUCCCCUAACCGCCCCAAGCGACAACGUCUACGUCCUCCCAACACGAACAGGACACGAAUCAUCAAACACACUCCGUAUUUUCUCCAGUCCUGCCCACCUAGACGACCGCCCUCGCAUAAAACACAGACUCCUCCUCUCCGACUACAUUUACUUGUGGGGCUCACACAGAUUCAUACAUACAUCUCUCCUGCCAAACUCCAUAAUCUGCGACUACUACAACGUCAUCCCCCUAAGCGACGGCCACCACAUACUCUUCGUCGACCCCCCGAGCGACCGCCUCGUCCUAGGCACCGACGAACUCGCCAGCGGUACCACGGAGCUCGUUCGUAAAAUCGAAUUCAUCCCCCCAACAAACGGGCAGCGACCGAGGCUCUACCGCGUCGCAGCAGACAUGUCCGAGGGCGCACGCCUAGUGGCCGUCUACGGCGAUAUCAUCAUGUUAUACUCUAUCCCACCGGAAAUAUGCCGCUUUUCUCCUAACAACGAAGACCAAACAGAUCGCCCGCUCCAACAUGGCAGCAACCACUGGCUCGACUGGUGGGACGAACCGCGUGCGAACGAGGAGACUGCCGCGCUGCAUGAUCAGGGUCCCGCGUGGCCGCUUUCUUUACGCGGUACGCGCAUAACUACACUGGCGAAUGUUUGUGACAUUUCUGUGCAGACGCGCCCAUGCCUUUCUAUUUCGGCGGUUACGGAUGCGGGGAAGUGCCAAGUUUGGAAAUUUCCAAGGAUCAGGGAGGCAUUUGGGGUGGAGAAGAUGGUGGUAUGUCACAAGGGGCUCGUUGAAUCAGGCUUGUAGGGUGAGGAUUUCGUAAACUCAUAACCAAUUGCGUUACGUACGAGGGUAUCAAUAAAGCACAAAUGAGCGAAGGAACAAAGCACAAAUAAGCAAACGAGCAAAGUGCGUUACAGGAAAUUGAGAUCGUAUGAUGAUACAUAAAGGGGCAU